AUGGCGACCAAACUUAACACCAUUGUUUUCUCCAUUGUUAUGCUACAUCUUCUUCUGGCUGCCCAAAUGCAUCCUAUACACUUGGAAUCUCCUGCUCCACAACCACAACCGCCACAGUCGCAACCGCAUCAUCAAUAUGGUACUACUGAAGGCAGUCUUCAACCUCAAGAGUGCGGACCACGGUGUGGAGAUAGAUGCUCGAAUACACAAUACAAGAAGCCAUGUUUGUUCUUCUGCAACAAAUGUUGUACCAAGUGUUUGUGUGUACCUCCAGGUACUUAUGGCAACAAGCAAGUCUGUCCUUGCUACAACAACUGGAAGACUAAGCUCGGUGGACCAAAAUGCCCUUAA